GGACCUGAGUGUCCCCCUCGUCAUCUGCCAGCGUCAUGAGGUCCAAACGAAGAGCUUCGCUGCGGCACUCGGCGGGGAUGCACAAGUCGAUGAGCCCGCCACGGUCUGAGACGAGGCCGAAACCGGAGGACGGGCCGCACACCUACGCGGAAUACCUCGAGCGUCGUAGCGGGCUCGUAUCGGCUAUUCAGGAUGAACUGGACGAGCACACGCUGCUGAUGGAGGAGCGGGCGAGACAGGCCGUAGCGCACGCUGCAGCCGUCAUUCAAUCCAGUCGAAAUCAGGAAAAGGAGUGCCUUGCCUACCUGAAUAGGCUCGAGGACAAGAUUCAGGCUCUGCAGCAGACGCGUCGCACCGCAGCGGCAGAGCUGACAGAGUUUCAGCAAUCAGCUGCGGGGACGCGGCAGCAGCUUGAGAAGGAGCUGCACGAGCUGCGUCAGAAGGUCCAGCAAGAACGUACGGCGUAUUCGACGGCGCAGACGGCGCUCCAAGAGCACCAACACAGCCGACGAGCAGAAGAAGACGAGGCAGAACGGCGCUGCCGCGAGUCAGCAGAGCAGCAGCUGCAGGCACAAAUUGCUUCUGUGGAAAACCGCUUUCAGCAAGCGGUUGCGGUGCUGCAGGCGCAGGUGCGGGAGAGAAAGGCGUGGGCCGAUGCGCAGUGUGCGAUGUGUGAGGAGCAGGUACGGAUGGCGAUAAGACGUGCAGACGCUGCGGAGUUUAGCAUCUUCAUACGUCAGCCUCCUGAGGUUUCGGAGUCGGCGGCAUCGCCGCCUGUGUGCACGACGUCUACCUCAACCGUGACGCGAGAAAUGGGGGAUCUCGAGCGGGAGAUGGAGGAGUUGCUGUCUGCCGCGGAUACACGCAUAGCGGCCGCGACAACAGAACGACAGGCCCCCACCGCCCCAUCACACAAUUCACACCACCGUGUUUCGCUGCAGAAGGAGGAAGUGCACGGGCUGAGCCGUACGACACAGGAGCUAGCUGCUGUCGUUGACAAGAACGAAGCUACCCCAACGCGGAAACUACACGUAGACUUCACAGAUAAUGCACAGCCGGCGCAGGAGCGUGAGAUAGUCAACGGGGCGACGAGCGCUCCCGUGACGAUUGCGAGCACUCCUGAUCGUUCUUUUCAGGGCAACACGUCUCUGAAUCUCGUGAGCGCCGUUGCAACGGAGAAGGUGGACUUCUUCCCGAGUGUGGAGCAGCACGACGAAACCAAGCAGAGAACUGCCCCGGUGACUCAGCGUUCAGGUCUCGACACAGCAACACCGGCAAAGGCAAAAACACCUCUCUGCUCUUGCACCUCAAGCCCCUCUGAGCAACCGAUUAAGGGCUCUAACAUUCCUCGUACACCUAUUCCAGGCGCAUCCAUAACAGCUUCCACAUUGUCCCCGAUGAAGCACGGCGCUUCGCAGAGCCCCACCUUCCCUGAAGCGACGCUUGUUUCCAGCCUGUCGUGCAGCUUUGACGCCUUCGUCUCUGUUUCCCCUGUGAGGAAGAGCAAGGCGGUGCUGCUGCGCUAG